AAUUCACACGGUGUGUCCAAGGUUUGAUCUCUGAAACAAGCAGCGAUAGAAUUAAGUCGCAUAACAUUGCAAAUCUCGCAAUCUGUCCUUUUACUUAAAAGGAAGUGCUGAUCUGAACCUUAGUCGCACAGAUCGAUAGGUCAAAAGCAUUACAAUAGCAUUGGGCAGUAACCAGUAACGAAGAUACAAUUGUAACUUGACCCGUUUGACGUCCAUUGUUGUUCGAAUCAACUAGUUUCCAAAAAAUUUCCAAGAAUUGUAUUAUCAAGUUAUUUGAUUUCCUUUUUUACUUUCAACACAUUCUAAAAGCUUACUGAACGCAUCAACAGUCAGCAAUAAAAACAAAUAAGUAUGUUGAAUCCAUCCCGUUUGGCGUCCACUUUCGUCCUCACGUUGCUGGCAAUAUUAUCUGUGUCUGCAGUCAGUCUUGAUGUAGACAGUAAAGAAUCUGUGUGUGACGCAGCCAAAUAUGUUCUUGACGGUACACUCAACUACUACGAAGGGUUGAAGCCCGGUGGUACUGUAGGGAUGUUUGCACCACCCAACUAUUGGUGGAACGCUGGGGAAGCCUUUGGUGGAAUUGUUGAUUUCUACACUUUCUGCAACUCGACCAAUGAGACUUUGAGAGAACUUAUCAUUGAUGCUAUGUACCACCAGGCUGGUGAGAACUUCAACUAUAUACCCUCUAACCAAUCCAUGACUGAAGGUAAUGAUGAUCAAGGUGUUUGGGUGAUGGCUAUCAUGCAAGCUGUAGAGAGAAACUUCACCAACCCUGCAGAUCACAGUUGGUUGUCGAUGACUAUCGCUGCUUUCAACACGAUGAAUGCCAGAUGGGAUACUGACCAUUGUGGAGGUGGGUUGAGAUGGCAGAUAUUCACCUGGAACUCGGGCUACAGUUACAAGAACUCAGUGUCGAACGGAUGCCUUUUCCACCUUGCUGCUAGAUUAGCUAGGUACUUGGGAAACGAUACCUAUGCUGAUGUAGCCGACAAAGUUUGGGACUGGAUGGAGAAUACAGUAGAAUUCUUAACUGAUGUUGACGGAACUGUCACACUUUACGAUGGUGCUAAUAUCGACACCAACUGUACUGAUCUCACCAAGAAACAAUGGACAUACACCUAUGGUAUCUUCAUGGCUGGUGCUGCGUACAUGUACGACUACACCAAGGACGAGAAGUGGCUCAACAGAGUGAACGAUUUGAUGGAAACGUCGGCUUCUACUUUUUUCCCUAAAAGCAACGGUGGGUAUAUGACGGAAAUCCAGUGUUUCUUCUCCAAUACAUGUAACAACGAUCAGAGAUCGUUCCGGUCGUUGUUCUCACGUUGUAUAGGUCUCACCAUGAAGUUAGUCAACAGUACUCAAGAAGUAUUAGGACCGUUGAUAGAGCAAAGCGCCAAAGGAGCAGCUGCAUCGUGUUCUGGUGGUGCUGAUGGCAUAACAUGUGGUAUGAACUGGGCCUCGGGCAAUUGGGAUGGCAUUUAUGGGCUUGGUGAACAAACGUCGGCUCUAGAGGUCAUGAAUGCAUUGAUUGUAGAGGAGCCUUUGAAAAGAUCAGCCGAUCCCGAAGUCGCUGACAAGAUUGACUAUAACGCAGGUCUUAACUCUCAUGAUACAGUUAACCAAAAUGAAAUCACUGUGACAGGUAAGGACCGGGCCGGUGCCGGCGUCUUGACGGCCGUAGUGCUUGGAAUCUUGUUAGGAGGAGGAGCCUGGAUGAUUUUCUAAAUGCAUUUAUAUACUUUCUUAUACUGCUACUAUAGUCACUAUUGUAUGGUGGCAGUUCUAGUUACUACUUUAUCUACUUUGAAUAUAUUGCGAAAGACAAAGAUG